CAAAUUUGCCGACUGGGAAGAAGCAGAUAGAUAGAAUUUCAGAUUCCUAUCAAUUCUCGUCAUCAACGAACGAAAUCUUUUGUUUAAACAAGUGUAAAAGUAUUUUGUAGCAGUUUAAUUUUCAAUUAAAUUGUGCCAAAGUAGCUUCAAAUAAAAAAGUUAUUUUUCGUUGGUGCCUAUUUGUUUAUAUAAUUUUUUUUAUUUGGGUAACGAUAUAAGCACACUUCGAAAUGAAAGUUAAAGAACUGCAGAAGACGGUGAAUAUUGCGUGGUCACCGUUGCCACAGCAUCCCAUUUAUUUGGCAGCGGGCAGUGCUGCACAACAACUCGAUUCUAAUGUAAACCCAACAUUGGAAAUAUACUCAACGAAUUUCAGUGAUCCAAGUUACGACUUGGAACUAAAAGCAAGUCUACCAAGUCAAUACAGAUUCCAGAAAGUCAUUUGGAGCCCUACUGGUUGCGAUGGCGCACACCCUAACGGUUUAAUUGUAGGUGGUUGUGAGGGUGGUCAUGUCAUGAUAUACUCUGCUGCCAAAAUGCUCGCUAAUGAAGAAGGUCUUAUUGCACGCCAAGAUAAACACACUGGACCGGUUAGUGGACUUGAUGUUAAUCCAUUUCAAACCAAUUUGCUUGCCUCAUGCGCCUCAGAAUCGGAAAUAUUUAUUUGGGAUCUUAAUAACACCACCACUCAUAUGAAUCCAGGCACUAAAACACAACCACUUGAGGAUGUGAAGAAUGUCGCUUGGAAUCGUCAAGUGCAACAUAUAUUGGCAUCUGUUUUCAGCUCACGUUGUGUUAUCUGGGAUUUACGUAAAAGUGAGCAAAUCAUUAAACUCUCUGAUUCACAAUCACGCGUGCGCUGGCAUGCCAUACAGUGGCAUCCGGAUGUAGCUACACAAGUAUGGCUCGCUUCAGAGGAUGACCAAGCGCCUGUUGUGCAAUUGUGGGACUUACGUUACGCCACGGCACCAGCGAAGACAAUGCAAAUUCAUCAGCGUGGUGUACUUGGCAUGUCGUGGUGUCCACGUGAUAUCGAUCUAAUGGUAUCCUGUGGCAAAGACAAUCACAUUUAUUGUUGGAAUCCAAACACCGAGAUACCCGAAGGCGAAAUACUUUCUGAAGUAGCUGCAACAGCCUCCUGGUAUUCGGACGUGCAAUGGUGUCCACGCAACCCAGCGCUGGUCGCAAGUUCAAGUCUUGACGGCAAUGUCUCAAUUUAUUCACUUUUUGGAGGCACACAACAACAAGUGCAAACAUCUAAUAAAAUCGCCGACUCCUUCCCAGGUAUGGAUCAAAUAGCGCAGGCGCCCAUACCACAACAAUCGACGCAGAUCGUGUAUCAUGACUUGAAACGUGCACCGAAGUGGAUUAAACGUCCGUGCGGUGUUGCUUUUGGUUUUGGCGGUAAAUUAGUGCACUUCCAUGGCCAAUCGAAACAGGUGCAAGUCUCGCAAGUAGUCACCGAACCGGAAUUGGUAGAGCGCGCUAAUGCGCUGGAACGUUCACUGACUGAAGCAAAUUAUGUUGAUUACUGCCGUGAACGCGCCGAUCAAACACCGGAUCAGAAUGGUCGCUAUUUAUGGUACUUCAUAAAGGCGAACUUCGAACUCAAUCCAAAAGAAGAAAUGUUGAAUUUACUUGGUUUCAACAAAGAAGACAUAGAUAGUAAAUUUGCGAAAUUUGUGAAAGAGGAUGAAGCGCAGCAAAAUGACGUAGAUCAAGUGACGAAUCGAAUAGCGAAUCUCUCGCAUAGCGACUCAUCGGAAGUUGAGUGCGAUCAAAGUACUGAUGGCAGCACUGACAUAUCGCAACCCGUGGAUAAUAAUGCAGUAUUCGACGGCAUAGCGGCCACACAGAAGCAACAACAGCUGCAGCAUGAAAAUGCCGGCAAACAGUUUGUCAUACCCAAAGGAGAACAUCCCGAUAGUCUGAUCACCGAAGCUAUACUUACCGGCAAUCUGGAAGCUGCUGUCGAACUUUGUCUUGAAUCGCAACGCAUUGCGGAGGCGCUUAUUAUCGCCUCCACUGCAGGCAUUGAUUUUCUCACGAAAAUACAUAAUCGCUACUUGCAGCAGCAACAAAACGAGCUGUCCAAUGUGAUAAGCGCGCUGGUGACACGCGAUUGGUUGGAUUUCAUCAAUCGUUGCACUGUAGACUCGUGGAAAGAAGCUUUGGUGGCCGCACUCAAGCAUAGCGAUCGUAAAGUGGUUGACAUUUGCGAGCGACUGGGUGAUCGCCUACUGGAGGAGCGUGCGCAAAAUAUCGAUUUCAUACGCAAUGCUAUGCUAUGUUAUGUGUGCGCUGGUAGUAUUGAUAAAUUGGUGUCCGCUUGGCAUCAGUUGAAGGCAUUGGAACAUCAAAAUAAUAACUAUAAACCGAAUACUGCCGAGUUGCAGGAAUUGGCCGAAAUUGUAAUGUUGAUGAGUAAAUCUUUGGAGCAACAAGGUAUUGCUUUGGAAUUAAAUGGACGCUUUGCUGAUUUCAUUACCGAGUAUGGUGGUCUGUUGGUGGCACAGGGUGCGCUCACAGCCGCUUUAGCAUACAUUUAUGCUCUGGGUUCAGGCACUGAUGAACAAAAUGGCGAACUAGUGGAGUUGCGUGAACGCAUAUAUAAUACGGUUAAUUAUAGACCAACGCCAGUGGCUACCUCCGGACGACUGGCAUAUCAACAACAGCCACAACAACAACAGCCACAAAAUCUCUAUAGCCGACAACCGCAACAAACACCUGUUGCACGCGGCUCAUUUUCACAUGGUUUGCCACAAACACACCCUGCUUACGGUGGCACAAAUCAAUUUGCAAACAAUCAGCCUGGUAAUUGGAACACAACGGCUAUGCCAACACCUGGCGGUGUAGCUGCAGUAUCACAACAACCCACAUUAUUUAAUUCAAUGGCACCGACGGCAUCGGCACCAGUUGCAGCCAAACCGCCACUAGCAGUACCCGGACAUAUCACAAACGAUGCACUGAACACCCAGCCACCACGACCGGCCAGCAAUGCCAGCUCACAAGGUGGUAGCGGCGCAAAUUUACACUCACGUUCCAAAUACGUGCUAGAUCCCUCUGUGGCUUCCGCCGGUCCCAUGGGUAGUUAUGGUGGUGGUGGUUAUCAACCACAGAUGACAGCGCCAGCCCCAGCUCCGGCUUCAAUACCGACAUUUAAUACAGCUCAAUUCAAUGCGCCGUUAGUACCAACACCAACUCAACCAAGUCUGUUGCAACCGGCUGCACCAUUUAACAUGGGUGGUGCACCACCUGCACCCUAUGGUUUUAGUAGCAGCAACAACUACACCGGUGGUUUACCAACAGAUAUUAGCAACCAGCAGCAGCAACAACCACCACCACCAACGCAGAGCAUACCGCGCAGUCGUACACCGCCACCUGGCUGGAAUGAUCCGCCUGCAUUGAAGUCAACACGCGCGCCCAAAAAGCCGGAGCCAGCACCCACCUCUGCGCCCAUAACUCAUCCCCUAUUCGGCGUUGAUCCGAAUCAAAAUCAAAAUGGUUAUACGGAUCCAUAUACACAAUAUCAGAAUCCCAGUAUGCCACCACCGCCAACCGCCAACAGCAACAUACCAACUAACUUACAACCCAACGACCCAGUUGGCUACUAUAAUUCAGCAUUGCCACCAAAUAAUAAUUUGCCAACACAGCAAUUUACACAACAACUGAACUUCCAAACAUCAGCCAUAUCCCAACAACAGCAACAACAACAACCAUGGAAUCCACAGCCACAAAAUGUGGGCUACACCGAACAGCCGGCGCCAGUGCAACGACAACCGGAACCCGUAAAAGAGAAACCACCACUACCGGAGGAAUAUAUUUAUCUGCAAACGGUGUUGGAAGAGUUAAAGAAUCAAUGCUUGGCCGUAUCGUCUGAUCCGCGCACCAAACGGAAAUUUGUGGAUGUUACCAAGCGUUUGGAGAAUCUUUAUGACUGUUUACGUGAUGGCAGACUUCACUCUGCCACAAUUGCAGCACUCAAUCAAAUCGUACAGUUCGUGCAAGUGGGUGAUUAUGCCAAUGCCUUGCAAACGCAUACACAAAUUGCAUUCGGAUCUGAUUUUUCACAGUGUGCUGGCUUUAUGCCGGGUCUCAAGGUGCUUGUACAAUCGGCUGCUGAUUUACAAGUGUAUCUACGUUAAGUUACAAAAAACUAUAAUAAAAGAGUCUACAAAUGAUUUAUGUGUCGUUAAAAUUUUAAAUAAUUCCAUUUUUGUCAUAGCUAUUGUGUUCCAUGGAAGCUAUACUAAUAUGUAUUCUUUUUGUUACUAACCUUCAUUGAGAAACGCGAAAACAUUAUCGCUUAAAAAGAUUGCAUAGUGCUAAUAAUUUUUAACUCGCUAAAUAAUUGUUUGUCUUACUUUAAACCCUACGUAUUUACAAUUUAAUUAUUUGUUUGUGCAUUCCCGAUUUUUUUUUCUUUUCAAAGUGUACUUUAUCAAAGAUAUUAAAUAUACUACGUAUCGUAAACUCAACUUUAUUCGAUAUACUAUAUAAUAUGAUAUAUUUGAACUUGAGCAUAUUGAAUGCAGAAACCAUACAAUAUUAACUAUUAUGGAAUUGUAUACAAACAUUACGAUAGACUAAUAAAAAUAUGCAUUUGCAGAAAAUUA